AUGUCCAAUCUUCCACAUCUGGUCGCCGGCUUGAAUGCGGAGCGAGAGAAGCGUAUGCAGGCCCCCAUUCCCUCCCGGCCAGCACAACAACACGCCUUUGGCCCUUCCGGAACCACCAGCAGCGACUACAACGAAGGCGGACGCUACGAUCCCCAGCUCCGGGCAGUAUCUGAUCCUAACCGACCACCUCCACGGCCCAAGACCUCGUUCGAGAUCGAGCUCGAGCGUGGCGAUGAGGCACGGAUUGCCCGGCGCGUACAUGUGAAGAAGGAGGACCUCAUAAAGCGGGAUGCCGAGAUUGCCGCGGCGGAGGAAGAAAUCCGCGCACGCGUUGCAAGCAUCACGGCCAAAGGCGUCGAGAUCACCCGACGGCUGGACUAUGGGUACUACAAUCUGCUAGAGACGGCGGGCAACGUGGUGGCCAUUAUCACAAGCUUCCAAUCACUGAGCAGGCAGAGCGAGCAGUUGAUUACGAAUUUCGACAAAGAGACGCGCAGGCUCGACGCGGAUACGCGGAAGAGGGUCGAGGCAUUCAAGAGCGGAUUCGAAGCCCGAGACGGCAAGGUGCAAGCCCUCGCUGAGCGCGGGAAAAGGGCCAGCACAAAGGCGGAAGACCUCAGUAUUCGACUUGAGAACGCCCGACUCAUUGUGCAAAAUUGGGAAAGGCGCGAGGACCAAGUCAAGAAGGUCUGGGGCCACGUGUUUGGCGCCGUCUGGUGGACGUCCAUUGCCGUCUUUGUCCUUGUGAUUCUCGUCUUUCUGGCCAAGGAGUGGUGGUUCCAUGGGGACCCGGUCAAGGCUGGCCUGGUCGCGCACAAUGAGGGCAGCUGGAACCAGUCCCUACGCCUCGGUGGCAGCGAGGGCUCCAUAGCGGGCUACAAUGAGCGGUUGUUGCUGCAAGGCCGAGAAGGCACGCCUGGAGCCAAAGUGCCCGAGGAUGUCAGACGCCUCUUGCUCGAUAUAGCCGAAAAGAACCGCCGGCGCAAGGUCAUGUUCCCGACCCUGCCGACCCAGCCUGUUGACGGAGGCACUGAGGCCGACGAUCGCCUGAAUAUCAGACGCACACCCAAAGAGUCAAAGAACCACGAGAUAACGACAAGGAUCGGAUCCCUCCCCUUUUCCAUUCCCGGGAGCACGGACAGGGACAGAGAUCAGGAAGAUCCGCGACUGAAGAUGUUGGAUGACCUGUAA